AUGUCUGCCACGAAUUCUACCAACGCCACCGCCGCAACCCUCAUCGACCCCCAAAUAUUUCUCGAGCAAUAUCCUGGAUUCGAUGAUAUUAGGGAUAUCAAUGAUAUCGCCUAUAACGCUCGCGUUUGCCGCGGACAUAUUGAGGCUGCUUUAGCGUACUUCAACGACAAUAGACUAACAGCCGAACACUUCGCCUCUGCGGCCGGUCUGCGGAAGCCAGAAGCCAUGAAAGCGGGUGCGUUAUGUGUUCCAGAUGAUUUCAGCUUAUGGCUUGCUGCGCAGGCUCGGCUCGAACAAGGGGCAGAUAUUGCAGACCCCGCAGAUCUUCUGAAAGCCGGAUCCGAUCCAAAAAAUCCUACACCAGAACAGCGGAUGGCCAUGGACGCUUUCUGUGAACGGCUAAUUCUGAGCUGGGAAACAUUCCUCCAAGUAUAUGACCACACACAGAGGGCCAAUGGAGACUACCCGAUGCCUCGGUUUCGCUAUUGUGUGAAAGUCCUCCGCAAUGCUUGCGCUCACAAAUUUCUGGUUCCGGGCAAGCAUCUAGAGUUCGUGGAGGAGGAAGGCCAGGAUCGCCUGACCUCCGUCGUCCAGAAAGAAUUACCGGAACUUAACGAAGAAUUGAAGCACUUAAUCGUGCUUUUAGAGUCACUCGUUCCGUUUAUUCGAGACAAAGACGACAUCCCAGAUGGAGUGGAACUUGGAUGGGCAUUGUUGAGCUCAUGGCCAAACAAAGCCCCUCAAGCGGAUGACGGAUCGGCCAAUGAAGUCUUAGACGCAAACCAAGGCGAAGAUGGGGAGAGCCAAAUUGAACGGUCAAAGAACCAGGGAGCUCGCUGGUAUCGUCGCCUACGGUCUUUCUCGCAUUUCCAUUGGGGAAAGUAUCAACUCUCAACUACACGAACCAGUGAGGAGGUCAAGGACGAACGCUUGGGCAAUGCCACCACCAUGACCUGGGACCCUAUCAAUGAAUCGUCCACGGGAUCUAAGAACAAUCCUCCAAACCCGAUCCUUUUCCCUGGACUUCCAUUCCGCCAUCCACUCAGGAUACAACGAAACAAUGGCGUCCACCAUUUUCUCGUUCCGCACCGCCAUUGGGCAUUCGUAGAAGAUGAAGGCCAGAAGCGCCUCGCAGACGUUGUGCAGUCAGAGCUGCCAGAGCUCGACAAGGAACUAGAGGACCUGAUGGCGCUGUUCCAGUCCCUGGUACCUCUCGUGAAGGACUCUAAAGAUGAACCAAGGCCGGACAUAGAUGACUCCUGGAGCUUUGGGGGACAAGCUAAUCAGAACGAGGCGGAAAAGGAACAUGAAGAACAGCCAAAAAGGCCUAAGCCUCGCUGGUACCACAAACUCUACUUCCUUUCUGUCCUCAUUCCCCAGAAGAAACGCGAGAAGUUAGCUUUGGGUGCUUCGGGCGAUGGUGGGGAGUUUGAGCUAGAGCAGUACCUUCAGCUUACUAUGUCAUGGAAUCGAACUGAAGCCUCCCCCGAGGAAUUCAAGGAUACUUCCGCAAAGAGCGGUGACAUGCACGGGGCCGACGACUCGACAUGGGGACAGCCCGAGUGCGUCACAGCCGAGCAGCUAGACGAUGAAAAAGCAACGGAAGAUCCGAAACCCAGCUUUCUCCAUAGGAGCUUCGAUCUCGCAAUGCGGAGUCACGUCCUGCGCCGCGGCGCCCUAAAGGCUCGCAACUUCCUUUAUGAGGAGCUACAAGGUGUCGACGACAUAGACUAG